CUAAAACUGACUCAUCCCCAGUGGAAGCUUGUGGUUUAAUCGCAUCCGUAAAUUCAGAGGGUGUAUAUCCAGUUUUGUCAAACUUUUCGACAAUAAUAAAGCAAAUAUAUGAUGAGAACAAAGUGGAGAUGAAGGAAAUAGGAGAAUAA